UUGGGGGAGGGUUUAAGGAAUUCCCACUCACUAUAGUUUCAGUAUUCACUAACUGCUGUCCUGUGACAAAACAGCUUUUUAUUACUGUUGGAACAUARAUCUUUUUAUUUUAUUAAAGAGUUAAACUCUCUGUAUGCUAAAGAAUGCGGACACAGGAUGAAGACGCUACAGAUACAGAUUCUGAGGGAGAAAGCUGCUUAUCUUCUGAAGACUGGGGAGAUAUUCAGUGUGAGAUCCUGGAGCAGCAGAGAGAUGAAGCCAAUCAGAGACUCACUGAACUGGAGGAAGCUUCCAAUCAGCUCCUGAAGGAGAUGAGCGUUCUGGAGAUGCAGUUUCAGAUUGAGCGCUCCUGCAGGGAGAGUGCUGAGGCCUUGGCUCUMAAAGUUAGCAGCGAGAACAAAGUCCUGAAAAGGAAGAGCCAGAUGUUGAUGCCGCCUAUCCUGGAGCAGCCGGACGACCUGCUGUCCGUGACCCCUGAUGACCUCACAGCUGGUACUGAUGUGGUUGAUUUUGGCAGCAACGAGGACAUGUUGCUGCUCGAGAGUCAAGCUAAAAUCACAGCACUGCAGACAUCAGUGGACAGUUUGUUGGCUGAGAAGCUGCAGCUGGAGCAACAGGUGGAGGAACUAACCAAGGAGCAGGUUCAGAUUAAAGAACAGCUUUCUGUGGAGAUUGGAGAGAAAGAAGCCAUUCUGAGGAAAAUGAGCAAACAGAGCAAGACCGUGAACAAAAUCAAAAGAGUGUCCCAGCUUGUCACCGAAGAGUUCACAGAAAUGUCCCAGAAACUGGAGCUGGAGCAGGGCCUUCGGCAACAUGCUGAAGACUUCGCCCACCAGAUGUUGACUGAGCAAACAACGGCCCAAAGAUGGAACCUGAUGGAGGCUGGCYUCUCUGGAAGUGAUGUGCAGCUGCAGCUGCAGCAGGCGCUGGAGCAAAUAUCCACCAUCAGCACAGUCCUGACCGAUGUCCAGCUCUACUACCAGGAGCAGGUGAAACAGAGUAAAGGUGCCGAUGAUGAGGAGAGCGGCUCCGAGCUGCAGAGCCUGAGAGAGCAGCUGGAGAAAAGUGAGGAGGAGAGGAAGGAUCUGGAAGCACAGCUGGCUCAGGCUAACACAUCUGUAACUCAGCUGCAGGAGGAAGUGAAACAGUUACAAGAAACGUUGAGCAAAGAAAACAAACCUGAGGAACUGGUGAACGAACCUGCUCCACCUCCACCACCUCCACCCCCUCCACCCCCACCACAAGCCCCUGUCAUCAAUAUACAGGAGUUCCUCAGGAGCAGGAGCAGGAAGGGCGGCGCAAUCCCCAACCAGGGCAGCAGUGUGUUCCAACAGCAGGCGCUGGACCCUGGGCCGGAGAGAGCGGCGCCGCACCUGUGCUCCGGAGGCUGAAGCAGAACAGGGAGCAGAGGGAUUCCCGCAUCCGAGCAUCAGCYCUGUUCAUCAGCCACAAAGCCUGACCAUUAGCAAACACCUAAUAUACUUACCUAAUACCUUUGUGUCUUUUAAUACAGCAUUUGYGGAAAAUUUACCUGAUGAAAAGUUUAAAUAAUAAAAAAACAGCUCUUUU